GCGUGCGCGCGUGUGAGGAACGGCGCGGCUCGGGGGCCGCUGUUUCCCGCCGGGCCGUUUAGGCGGUUGCCAAGGCGCCGAGUUCCGGCGUUGCCGGGAGCCGCCGGGAGCCGAGCGGGGGAUGCGGCCGGGCGGCGGCGGCUGCGGCACGGGCGGCGCCGGGACAUGGAGCGGCGCUGAGGCGGCUCCGGCCGGCGGAGGGGGCGGGCAGAGCGGCGAGCGGCGCGGGGCCGCGGCCGUGACCGGCGGCCGCUGAGAGCUCCGCACCGCUCCGCCGCUCGUUCGGCCGAGGCAGCCCGGGGGGAGCCGCCCUGGGGUCCCGAGGGCGGAGGCCGGCGGGGGGGCCCGGGCGGGAGACAAUGAAGCUCCUGAAGCCGACCUGGGUCAACCACAAUGGAAAGCCAAUAUUUUCAGUGGACAUUCACCCAGAUGGGACCAAGUUUGCAACAGGAGGACAAGGCCAGGAUUCUGGGAAAGUUGUGAUCUGGAAUAUGGCUCCUGUCCUGAAAGAGGAAGAUGAAAAAAAUGAAAAUAUUCCCAAGAUGCUUUGUCAGAUGGACAAUCACUUAGCUUGUGUGAACUGUGUGCGAUGGUCAAACAAUGGAGUUUACUUGGCUUCAGGGGGAGAUGACAAAUUGAUUAUGGUGUGGAAACGAGCCGCAUAUAUUGGACCGAGCACUGUGUUUGGUUCCAGUAGCAAACUUACUAAUGUUGAGCAGUGGAGGUGUGUAUCAAUUCUCAGAAGCCAUUCAGGGGAUGUCAUGGAUGUAGCAUGGUCUCCACACGAUGCCUGGUUGGCAUCGUGUAGUGUGGAUAACACUGUUGUCAUCUGGAAUGCUGUGAAAUUUCCAGGUGAGGAAUCCUCCAUUUCAGAUGUGCGAGUAUGCAAGGCUUUGGAACAAAUUAUGCCCUGCUUGGGUUUUGCUACAAAUUGCUCUGCACCUCUAUCAGCUAAUCAGUACAGAGCCCAUGAGUUUCAGGAGUGGAUUCUUAAACUAGAUGCCAAAUCACUUAUAAAGUUGAAUUUUGCUAAAAACAGUGAAGGUAAAUACCACUGUCCAGUGCUAUUUACUGUAUUCACCAACAACUCCCAUAUUGUGGCCAUCAAGACAACUGGGAACGUGUUUGCCUAUGAGGCAGUUGAGCAGCUGAACAUAAAACCAAAGAGCUACAAAGACCUCUUGACUGAUGAGCCCUUCACUCGGCAAGACAUUGUGACACUGCAGGAUCCAACAAACUUGGAUAAAUUCAAUGUCUCUAACUUCUUUCAUGUUAAGAACAACAUAAAAGUAGUUGAUCCAGAUGAAGAAAAAGCAAAAUUAGAUCCAUCUUACUAUUUGAAAAAUACAAAUGCUGAGACACGAGAGACUUUACUGGAGCUCUACAAGGAGUUCAAAGGUGAUGAUAUUCUAGCAGCUACUAUGAAGGCUCCUGAAAAGAAGAAAGUGGAUAAGCUGAAUGCAGCUCACUAUUCCACUGGAGCAGUAAGUGCUUCCUUCACCUCCACUGCAAUGGUACCCGAAACUACCCACGAAGCAGCUGCUAUUGAUGAAGAUGUUGUAAGAUACAAAUAUGUGAAGAAGAAGGGCUACGUACGACUCCACACUAACAAAGGAGACUUAAACUUGGAGCUACACUGUGACAUGACACCCCGAACAUGUGAAAACUUUAUCAAGCUGUGCAAGAAGAACUAUUAUGAUGGAACAAUUUUUCACAGAUCAAUUCGUAAUUUUGUUAUCCAAGGAGGUGAUCCGACUGGAACAGGAACAGGUGGAGAAUCUUACUGGGGAAAACCUUUUAAAGAUGAAUUCAAGCCCAACUUGUCCCAUACAGGACGUGGUGUUCUUAGUAUGGCCAAUUCAGGACCUAACACAAACAAAUCACAGUUCUUUAUCACAUUCCGCUCUUGUGCAUAUCUGGACAAGAAGCAUACAGUGUUUGGAAGAGUGGUUGGUGGCUUUGAGACUCUGACUGCUAUGGAGAAUGUGGAAAGUGACCCAAAAACAGACCGCCCCAAGGAAGAAAUACGAAUUCAGUCAACAACCGUUUUUGUUGAUCCGUAUGAAGAGGCGGAUGCCCAGGUUGCUGCAGAAAGAGAGAAGGCUCAGCAAGAAGAAGAAGCAGCCAAAACAAAAGCUGAGGUGAUCCCACCAAAGAAAGAGGUCCAGACUCCUAAAACUUAUCGUCAGGGGAUUGGAAAAUACAUUAACAUGGCUGCAGUGAAGCGCAGUGUGGAAGAUGACGGGCCCUCAACAAGCACAGCUGUGAAGAAGGAGAAAAAGAGCACAGGCUUCGGGGACUUCAGCUCCUGGUAGCAGUGUGGGGAGCCUAGCACUGGAGCAGCACAGCAAAAAAGAAGAGGCGGCCUCCCACGUGUCCCUGAAGAGCCCAAAAGACAAUCUGUCCUGGGGAGGGAAGGCACCAGCCUGCCCUUCCACUGGGGAAGAAAACUGUUGCUUUGUUAAGGGUGGUUAAUGUGGCUUUGUCUUCCGCAGAGCUGCAUUCCCCCAACUGCAUCUUCCUCGAAGGCCUUUUUGUUGUUGUUUUGCUAAGUGGGGAGCAGGCAGCCCAGCUCCGCUGGGAUUAGCUGGAGCCUUUCUCUGCUUGGCUGGCAGCAGACCAGGCAGAGCUCAGCCUUGCAGGGCAUUGCUUCAGUGAACUGCUACAUUGGUGAAAGAGCUCCUUUUACAGGUAAUCAUUUCCAGACAAGCCGAGUCUGCCAAAUGAACGAAUGAAUUAGCGUGCUGGGGAAGCGCCUGUGCUGCUGUAACGCCUUGCGGAGGGGAGGAGAGGGCUCCAACUUGUUCUGCCCUUCCCUUCAAGCUGCCUUUUGCUUGUUCUCAACAAGGACCAAUUCUGUCUUUGCUCUUACCUCCUGGGUGGACUGUCUACUGUCAAUCUCUGUAGGGCCUUGCUCACUCCAGACUGAGCUCUGUCUACACCCUGGGAAGCAGCGAGAAGGGACAGGGAGCCCGGUGUCACUGCACCCCUUGCCCCUCUCAGUAGCUGGCCUAGCUGGAGCCACUGGGGAGCCAAAAGGGCCGGGAUGCCCUGGUUCAAACCUGCCCUCUGGUUCCAGAAAUGACAGCAUGGAGCAAUUGAGUGGGAACAGAAACAAGAUUUGUUUUAUUAACCAUCCUCAAAGCCUGCUCCUUGCAGGGGAACACUUUUUUUUUCUGCUCCAACAUCAGUCUUCUCAUUAUUAGGGAAAGCCAUGUCAUGUAGCUCACAGGCAUCUCAGAUAUGUUCCUUGCACAGCCACAGAUUAUUAGGAUGCUUAAAAUAAAAAAGGCCUUAUGGGGUACAGAGAUACCAGCCUGGGAAAUUUUAAUUCAAAAACACAACGUGUGUUACCAUCAGUUAGAGGUAGUAUACUAGAUCCUGAACAUUACUUCUCAGCUCAUCUUAGGUGUUUUCAGAUGACAGAAAUACCCCUACCUAUAUCGGGCUGAGGAGAUAGUUUUGUAAUUACCUCUGUAACCAAUACAUUUAUACCAGUAGCUCAAUGUUUUAAGAGAAGUCUCCAUUUAUAUGAAAUUGCUGUAAAAUUUUUUGGUAAAAGGUUUUGCAUUAAAUGCUUUAUUUUCUUUUGAAUGCUUGUGUCUGACUGUUCAACUGUGAUUUCCAAACUGUGGCAUUACUGAGUUGAUUGUUUUAUAAGGAAAUGAUUCAUUUCUACUUUUUAAGAUGCUUGUAGAGAACUCUGGGAUCUUUGCGGAUAUGAUUACAUCUUUGUUAAAUCAUAGGAAGUUCAACCUCA